ACAGGUACCUCUCACAUAGUCCUUAUUCGGGUGAAAAUGCUUUGCUUGGAGAGGAGGUGUGGAGGAAAGGAGCUUUAGAACAUUGGCGGGCAUACCAAGUAGGGGGGGAGGAACAGCAGCAGCAGCCCUGGAAGUGAUUUCUCUUCCUGAGCCCACGCGACGUGCUGUUGGUUCCUCCUGAUCUGUGCAACUGUGUCUCUUGAUAUUUUGCGAGUUAAUUAUAAAAUAAUUCGGGGAAAUUUUGUCUAAUUGUGCGGCAGUGGCUUCAAACAAAUUACAUUCCGGAGCAGCCAAGGCCCGGACGCCAGUUGGGCCACGCCUGAGCGAGGAAGGCCCCCGCCUUUAUUCCCGCUCUCCUUCCGCUCAGGGUUGCUUCAUAGCCAUCUGACGUCUUUAAAAGGGGCAGGCUUUCGGGUGGGGGUUGGUGGAGGGGCGUCAAAAUUCAAAACGCUGGAACACAGCUUGACGGCUUGUUUGACGACUCAUCAUCAGCUGGAGCAUGGGUCAAUUAUGUACCCGCCUGGCCGAGCUGGUCUCCCGCCGGACCGAAAAACGUGUGGUUCUCCUGGGACUGGACAAUGCCGGUAAAACUACCUGCGUGUACCGGCUUCUGCUCGGGAAAAAAGUGGACACGGUACCCACGGUUGGCUUCAACAGCGAAGAGGUGCGCUACCAACGUUGCAAUUUCAUUAUGUGGGACAUAGGGGGCCAGGCUAAAAUUCGAAAGCUCUGGAAGCACUACGUGGAAUCGGCGGACGCCUUGAUCUUCGUGGUGGACGCGCAAGAUCGAGCGCGCCUGGCGGAGGCCCGGUCGGCCUUUAAACGGAUGCUUCGCUACAAGACUUUGAAGAACACCGUCCUGCUCAUCCUGGCCAACAAGAUGGAUUACGAGCAUGCCAUGUCCUCGGCCGAGAUCGUCCACGGUUUGGACGUGAAAAGAGUAGUGGGGAGGCGUCCCUGGUGGGUCCAAGAGACUUGCGCCAUCUCGGGGCAGGGGCUGAGGGAGGGGAUGGACUGGUUGCUCCAAACCUUGGAAGGGCACAGCACGGACAGCCGAGGUGGUGGGAGCGAGGAGGGCGCGGGGGAGGUGAAAAAGGAGGAGGAGGAAGCAGACAUAGGCCAAGACGGGGUGCCAAACUCCUCCCUCCCUGCGGUCCCGACCGGAUGCGUAUGCUGCGGGUGCCGG